AUGUCAUCCAUAUCAGAAUCAUACAAAUAUGCCAGUGAACAAUAUUUUAAUUUUACACCUAUGGAACACUGGUCGUAUUCUGGAUAUCUUGAGGCGAUGCAGUCAUUUUUUAAUCUGGAUUUCGAAGUUAGUACAUUAAAAUCAAUCUGGAGGAAAAGGUUUAAUGAUCACCUACGAGAGAUUUCAAGAAAUAAGAAUGAGAAGAAAUUUAGAAUCGCUUCAUUUCUCAUUACUCAGAAUUCAAAAGCGACAGAAUUUUGGGAAAAAUUCAAAAAGAAAAGAAUGUUAGAGAGUCAGCAGAAUAAUACGAAAGUAGAUAUUCAAGAAGAUGAAUCGGUCAGUGAGAUGGAAACUCCGAAUGCUAGCAGCAAUGAAGACAAUGACCGUAACAGUAUGAAACGUCAAAGUGACGAUUGCCUUGAACAACAAGAGGCAAAAUCCCGUAAAACCGCGAUUGAAAUCCUUAGUGAAGUUUUUAAUGAUGAUUCUUAUAACUUCUAUGAAGAUAAAGAAAAUAGUAAUCCGAACAAAGAUAGAGUAAAUGAACAUGAAAAGGAGGAUGGCCAUAGCCAUGUUAAGAAUCUUUUCAACGAGCUACAGCGUUGUUCUGACAAAAUGACAAAUUUGGUGCAUAGUUUCCAAAGAUACUGUGAAGAAAAUAUCAACGAGUUGUGUCUCAACGAAAUAAUGGAUUUAAGUCCAACAUCCGAAUUUGUUAUAAUGUACACCGAUGAAGAUGACUACAAUCAAGUUUUAAAGGAAAUGUUUGAACCAAUUGAUAAGCUAAUUCCCGAACAAGCAAUUAAUUUCUUGGAUACCUUUUUUUCAGAGCGAAGCCAUGACUAUCAAAAAUGGAGUAAUAAGCUUGAAGAUUUAUUAGAACCCGAAAAUGAGUUUAUGAACAUUUACGUUCAUCCUAUACUAAAGAAGGCGUUAUGGAGAUUUUCGGGCAUUUGUUAUGAACCAGGAAGUAAACCAAUUCAGGCAUCAGCCUACUGUGGAAACGCGGACUACUCAGAUGGUAUUGCAUAUACCACAGGCGAAAAGUCAUAUGAAAUUUCGGUUACCGAAGGUUCCAGACCGUAUGUUAUUGAUUAUGCGAAAGAAACGUCUAAUUACAUCCGGAACGCGAGAGCGGGAAAGGACAUGAUAAACUUCGCCGUUAUAUCUGAGGUUAAACUAAAGCGUGCACCGCCAUUACAAUUAAGGGUUUUUAUGGUUCAAUGCAUUGGCCUUAGUCUUAGGUUCUACUUCAUGGAUUACUUGGGAGCAUAUCGACUUUUUGAAAUAGAAAAAUGUGAAAUUCCAACGGAUUUUACAGAAGUCAAUUCAUUUCCAUCUUUUUUCAAGGCUAUAAUAACUUGGGCGUUGAUGGUUGGUGAGGCUGAUAAAAAAUUUCAAAUGGUGGAUAAUAGAAGCACGCGAUACAGUUAUGCACAUAACCUCCGACUCCUUUCAAACCUAAAUAAUAAGCCGCGACCG